UCUGCUUACCAUACGAUACCGUUUUGAGAUACAAAAUCUAGUUUAUCUGGCCAAUUUCUCAAGUCCGUUUGGUGUUAAUACAAGAAAACAGAGGCAAACAUGAGUGAUUCUCAAGAAAAUACAUAUUUUAAAGAUUGCUUUGCCGAAUUUAAUGAGUACAGGAAAGCUGGUCUAUAUUGUGAUUUUACGAUCAAAGUUGGUUCAGAAAAAUUUCGAGUGCAUAAGAUUAUUUUGUCUACUGCAACUGAUUAUUUCAAAUUAAUGUUUCGACAUGAGACUGUUGAGACUCUGUCAGGUGAAGUUGAUAUCCAGGGCUUCAGUGCGGAUACUAUUGAGAAAGUUAUCGAGUAUAUGUAUACUUCCAAAUUCCCCAUUGAUGAGACAUCUGAUAUCGCAUCAUAUAUGCAAUCUUCUCAUAUGUUCCAACUGGGAAAAUUAUGUGGUGUCGUCACUGAAUACCUGGAAAAGAAUUUGGGCCCCAAGUCAUACUUCAUCACCAUAAAUAUCUCGAAGUUGUACGAUCUGAAACAGCUCGAAGCAAAAUGUGAUAAAAUUGCUUCCAACAACUUCACUAAAAUUGCAGAACUGGAUGAAUUCAAGGAAAUAGAUGAAAAACAGUUGGUGGGAAUGAUCAAGGCCAAGGAAAACACGGCAACUGAAGAGGAAAAAUGCUUGGCUUUGAUGAAUUGGACAAAAUUUGAUAAGAAGAAACGUUCAAAGCGAUUUGUCAAAUCUUUCAAGCAAUUUGAUUUGACCAAGAUAUCACUUUCAUUUCGCAGAAAUCUUCUGGAGCAAGAUAGUCUGAUUGCUGCAAAUCCAGAAACUCUUCGAAUUGUAGCAUUGUCAGUAUUUGAUAGCAAGACCUCCGCAUCCAGUUCUUCUGCAUCGAGUUCUUCUGCAUCAGCUGUAUCUGCAUCAGGUUCACAAGAUGACGCAUUGAUCGUUUUUGAUAGGACCUCUCUCCAUCUCAAACAGAUCAAUCCAAGGUCAAAUGAAUGGAAGCAAAUGCAGAAAAUGAAUGACAACAUGAAGUUAGGAGUUUUCACUGCUAUCGCACUGAAUCAGCAUAUUUAUGUCUUAGUCCAAGACAACACAUUUUAUCGACUCAAAUAUGUCAAUGUUAAUGCUACUUGGGAGAAAUUGAAGAAUCCGUUGGAAAAUCAUGGCAGAUUCCCACCAAUGGCUUUGGUUGAUGGUGAGAUCUGGAUUGUUGGUGGAUGUUGGGGAUCCAACACAACAACAGUGGAAAAGUAUGAUUCUCUGAGAAACCAGUGGACAAAGAUGAAGAGCAAGAAUGUUGAAUGUAGUGGUCCUGCAGUCAUCUGCAUGCAAGGGAGCAUUUAUAGUUUGGGAGGAGAGGAAGGAUCAAUUCAACCAACAAAGUAGAAUGCUUCAAUCUAAAUACGUCAACAUGGAGUUUCAUUUCACCAAUGCUGAAUGCAAGACUGGCACCUGCUGCUGUUGAAUUCCAGAAUCGACUUUAUGUGCUUGGUGAGUUGUACAAGUUCUUUCAAGUCUAGAUCAGUGGUUCUCAAGCGGGGGUCCAGGGAGUCCGCGAUUAAAUUAGGAUUUUAGGAAAUUAUUUGCAGUUUAAUAUCGUUUUUUUCUUUUUUGUAAUACGCUCGAAAAUUUGCUGCCUAUGACAAUGUGGCAAUAGCCUACAAAAACUAUUUUGAUUCAUCUCUAGUAGACCUAUUGUGACUAAUACGAGUAAAGACAUCACAAUGAUAAAUACGAAAACGCAGCUACAGUGAUCACUAUCCAGUUUUGGUGUGCCAUUUUGUCGUCAUACCCAAAAGUAUCGAUGGAAGCAUUACGUGUUAUUGUUCCAUUCGCCUCCACUUACCUUUGUGAAAAUGAAUUUUCUGCUCUCGUUCCUAUCAAAUCCAAGGCUCGUAACCAACUAAACGUCGAAGACGAUAUGCGUCUAUCGUUA